GCUUCCAUGCUACACAGUCAUGGACAGAAUCACCUUUAAGAUAAACGACGUUAGCCAUUCAGUGGGUUGCGAAGUGAGUUCAGAUGUGACGUUGUUAGACUACAUCCGCAAUGUGGCAGAGUUGCGAGGUACCAAGUACAUGUGUCGCGAGGGUGGCUGCGGAGCCUGUAUCGUCAGCGCUGUCAAGAAAACCGGCGCUUCACCAACUUCUGUCAACUCUUGCCUAGUAUCAGUGACGUCAUGCCAGGGUUGGGAGAUCACGACGGUAGAGAAAGUGGGCAACAAGCUGGACGGCUACAGUCCACUGCAGACGACCCUGGCUGAACACCAUGGGACUCAGUGCGGGUACUGCACGCCCGGAUGGAUCAUGGCCAUGUACAGUCUAGUUAAAAGUAAGAAGGCACUAACGCCUUUGGAAAUCGAGAAAUCAUUUGGAAGUAACGUUUGUCGAUGUACAGGCUACAGACCAAUACUCGAUGCCUUCAAGAAAUUUGCUACAAACUCCAAAGAAACGGAUUUACUGGAUAUUGAAGACUUGACUAUAUGCAAGAAGACGGGGUCUCCUUGCACCAAGAAUAAUUGCGAUGAUGAUGAUUGGUGUCUCGUAUCUCCUGAAGAUUUAAAACAAACUGUUACCCAAAUUGAUUUGAAAGAUGGAAGAAAGUGGUUCAGAGCCAAGUUUAUUCUUGAUAUAUUCGCAGUGUUGUAUAGAGAGGGCCACGAUUCAUAUAUGCUGGUCGCGGGAAAUACCGCUAAAGGAGCCUACCCUAUAGAGUAUCCUCGUAUACUAAUUGACAUCAGCUCAGUACUUGAGUUAAAAGGGUUCUUCGUAGACCAAAACUUGGUAAUUGGUGCUAAUGUAACAUUGAGUGAGCUUUUGGAAAUCUUCAAACUGAUGUCCAAAGAGACUUACUUCGGCUACCUGCAAAAGUUCUAUGACCAUUUGAGUUUGGUCGCUCACAUACCAGUGAGAAAUUUAGGUACUAUUGCCGGCAACCUGAUGAUAAAACACCAGCACAAUGAGUUUCCAUCUGAUGUUUUUCUCUUGUUAGAAACUGUUGGUGCUCAGGUGACAAUUUUAAAUGCUUUUGGGAUCAGACGCGCGGUGACAAUGCAACAAUUUCUAAAAACUGAUAUGACAUUAAAUGUCAUUGUUAAUAUUCUUCUACCACCACUCUCUAGUGAUUACCGUCUAGUCACAUUUAAGAUAAUGCCACGGGCUCAAAGCGCCCAUGCCAUAGUAAACGCCGGAUUUCUAUACAAAUUCAGUAGAUUCAACAAUUUGAUAGCAGAAGGCAGAAUUGUGUACGGAGGACUAUCAGCAACAUUUGUUAGAGCAGUAAGAACAGAAUUAUUACUGGUUGGAAAGAAUUUAUUUACAAAUAACACUAUACAGGAUGCUAUUAAGAGUUUGAAAACGGAACUUAUUGUACCAGAAAACCCACCUGAACCUUCAGCGGCGUAUCGGAAACAACUUGCGAUUAAUCUGUUUUACAAGGGUGUUUUAACACUCUGUCCCCCAGAACGAAUAAGCAGUCGCUUACGUUCAGGAGCGGAUAGAGUGCGAGAGUCUCGGCCUUCAUCUGAUGGUCGCCAAAUAUUUGAUACUAAUCCCACUUUAUGGCCCGUGAAUCAACCUGUGAAAAAGUUGGAAGCUUUGAUUCAAUGUUCUGGUGAAGCGCCUUACUCCGAGGAUCUGCCAGCAUUGCCUAAUGAAGUGUUUGCUACUUUUGUGCUCAGCACAGUACCUACAGGCACUAUAGUGACCAUGAACCCUAGCAAAGCUUUGAGUUGUCCAGGAGUCAUAGCGUUUUAUUCAGCAAAAGAUAUACCAGGAGUUAAUUCGUUCACACCAAGUGGGACAUUAUUCUAUCCAGUCUAUGAAGAAAUAAUAGCUACUGGUGAAAUCAAAUAUUUUAAUCAACCAAUUGGAAUCAUCGUAGCCGAGUCUCGUGCUUUAGCAGACAGGGCGGCCAAAUUAGUUGAUGUCAAGUAUUCAGGUAUUAAGAAACCUGUUAUUGACAUCAAAGAAGCGAAGAAAGAUCCAGCUAGAAACAUAGUAGUUGCCAAUACACCUGCCAAGGAAAAAGGAGCCGAUGUGCAAAAGGUUAUAAAAGGAGAAAGUACAGUUUACGGACAAUAUCACUUUUCUAUGGAGACGUUGGUUUGUGUAUCGAAGCCAAUAGAAGAAGGUUUGGAAGUUCAUGCCGCGACGCAAUGGAUGGAUGGCGUGCAGCAAAUGACAGCAGAGGCGUUGAAUAUGGAUGUGAAUAGGAUUGACGUCCAUGUUCGUCGUCUUGGUGGUGCAUAUGGUAUCAAGAUAUCGAGGGCAUCACAAGCGGCUGUAGCCUGCAGUUUGGUGGCAAAGAAACUAAACCGGCCUUGUCGGUUCAUUCAGUCUCUGACUACGAAUAUGCGGGCUGUGGGAAAGCGACUUCCCUGCUCAAGAGAUUUUGAGGUUGGUGUGAGCAAAACAGGGGAAAUACAGUAUGUAAAUUACGAUUUAUAUGAAGACAACGGUUUUAUCGUAAAUGAACCAUUAGCACUUUUUACUCUUGACAUCUAUAAUAAUUGCUACAAUAAUGCACGAUGGAACUUCAGGUGUUUUAACACAUUGACGGAUACUGCUAAAAACACUUGGUGCAGAUCACCCGGGACCCUUGAGGCUAUAGCGAUGGCUGAAAUUUUAAUGGAGCAGAUAUCUUACGAAAUGUCUCUGGAUCCAAUAGCUGUGCGUUUGGCAAAUUUAGACGAAACAAAGUAUGGGGAAAUGAGAACAAUGGUUGAUAAUGUAAAAGCAACUGCUAGUUACGACGAACGAAGAGCAGCAGUUGAUAAGUUUAACAAAGAAAACAGGUGGAAAAAACGUGGCUUACGAAUGUCUUUAUCCAGAUGGACUCCACUGGGAACCCAAUAUUUUAACAUAACUGUAUCUGUUUACCACGCCGACGGGUCAGUGGCUAUCACCCACGGUGGCAUAGAAAUGGGUCAAGGUAUUAACACAAAAGCGGCUCAGAUUGCAGCAUAUUUCUUGAAAGUACCAUUAGAGAAGAUUCAGGUAAAAGCUAAUAACACUGUUAUAGCUCCUAACGGAUUCAUAACAGGGGGAAGCCUUACCUCACAGAACGUCGGAGUUGGUGUUCAGCAAGCGUGUGAGGAACUUUUGGCUAGAUUAGAUCCAAUCCGGGCAACCAUGGAUAAUCCAACCUGGGAAGCGCUGGUGAAGAAGGCGUUUGAAAUGGACGUAAAUUUGCAAGGUCAUGGAUUUGUCAAUAACGCUUCCAUGCAGACUUUCGACAUACUUGGAGUGGUGCUAGCAGAAGUUGAAAUCGAUGUUCUGACAGGAGAGUGUGAUAUUAUUAGAGUCGACAUACUGCAGGAUGUGGGCAGAAGUGUUAGUCCUGAAAUUGAUAUUGGACAGAUUGAAGGAGCUUUUGUUAUGGGAUUAGGAUAUUGGACAUCAGAACACUUGUAUUACGAUAAAAAUACCGGAGAGGUGCUAACAGAUCGCACUUGGCACUAUCACGUGCCUCAAGCGAGAGAUAUCCCCAGAGAUUUCAGAGUCUAUAUAAAGAAGAACUCAUACAGCAAUGACACUUUUCUUGGAGCUAAAGGGUCGGGAGAGCCGCCGAUUUGCCUAUCAGUAGUGUUAUCAUUUGCCUACAGAGAAGCAAUAUCCGAAGCUAGGCUAGACUCUGGUACUCCCAAAACUACGUGGUUUAAUAUCGAUGGCCCAGUCACCACGGAAGAAAUAUGUAUGUUGUCGUUAACCGAUACAAAAGAUUUCUUAAUAAGUAUUUAAUAAUUAUGUAAAAGGUUGCGUGACGAUCUAGACGACUACCGGACAAAUAGGUGGUUGUACUCUGUGGACCGUGCAAGGUGGAAGAAUGAAGGAAGAUAUUGCCCAGUAGACAUAAUACAAAUUAAAUAGGAUUGGAUUCCAAUGAAUAAUUAAGAAAUAUUAACAAUUUUGAAUAUUAAUAAACUAAUAAAAUAAAACUCUAAUUUAAUUAUUUUUAAUAAAUAUACAGCAAAAGCGCAAUUGGCUACUUGCAUUAUUAAUAAUAAUGAAAAAUAAUUCUUUUUUAUUGUUAUUAUUUUUUAAAUAGGUAAUAAUUAUGCUUGCCAU